CCAGAAACCGCGGCCCGAUACGGCCGGCCAGCUGCCGAUACAGCCGGGUCGCCCCCGCCCCGCCGCCGCCGCCGCCGCCGCCGCAGCCCUAUCGGAUCGAGAGGUCAAGAUUUGUCGGAGGCAGCCUGACGAUGACGUCCACCGCCGGGGAGACUCCAAAACUCCUCCCCUUCGCUGCCCUGCGAAAUGCCACAUCGGUCAUACAGUCGCCCAUCAGCUCCACGUCUCGGUCCUUGUACCGGCCCUCUCAGCCGCCCCCUGACGUGGCGCCGCAGCACGACGGCUGGCCGGUCAUGGACGCUGCCCACCCGGCUGGUCCCAGCGAGCUGCAGCCGCUGACCGCGUCGCCGCCGUCGGACGCCGGGUGCCUUCUGCCGCCGCCGCCGCCGGGCACACCGCCGGCCAUGUGCCUGCUGACGCCCAUGGAGCCGUCGCCGCCGCCGCUGCUGCCGCUGAGCACCGUGCUGCCGCCGGCUGCCAGCGCGGGCGCCGUGCCCUGCUCCCUCAGCGAACACCAGCAGAAGGUGUCCAUGUCUCGACGUCAGGACCAGUCCUGUCACAACUGCCAGACCAUGAACACGUCUCUGUGGCGGCGGGACGCCAACGGCAACACGGUCUGCAACGCCUGCGGUCUGUUCGCCAAGCUGCACGGACACAACCGACCGCUCAGCAUGCGAAAAGACGAGAUCCAGGUGAGCUCCACAGUCCACGCCAAGCUGCACGGACACAACCGACCGCUCAGCAUGCGAAAAGACGAAAUUCAGGCGUAA